AUGAGCUCAAAUUCCUUUUUCUUCUUGACUUCCGGCAACUCUGGCUGCUUUUACACCUGUAUCUGCUUUGGUUCAUUCAUCAACUUUGGUUAUAGCAGGGGUGUAUUUAGUUUUGGUUUAGUUAUUGAGAUAUAUUCAAUAAGUGAUUUUGUGCUAAUUUCAAGUUUGUUUGAAAAAGAUUACUGCUUUAUCAAAGUUGAGUUAGCUGGGUUUUAUAAUAAGAACUAUUGGAUGGCAUUAUUAUGA